GCUAGCUUGAAAAGACACACACACACACAUGCAGACCCAUUAACGCACACUACGUUCCAUACAGCUCCCGAGGGUACGGAGUGUUUCACUGGAAAUUUUAGACAACCUGUCUGUGCUCUGCAGCUCCUGAUCAGCAGGAUUGCAUAUCUCACCAGCUGUCUCCAUGGCUCUCCUGCGCUGCGCUGUGUUGCCACUGCUGUGUGUUUUUCACUCUGCUUUGGCCACUGUUGUAGCUGAUGUGGACUACGGAGGUGUUCCUCUGUGGAUUAACCGCCUGCUGGGUGAGCCCAGUGUGCUGAGCCUGCGGGGGCGGAUGGACCCAGCCUGGUUCCGAGCUAACAACCCACAGGCCUGCCCUCAACAAUGUGACUGCCCCAUCCAGUGGCCCACAGCACUCUACUGUGACCACAGAGGCUUGGCUGACAUCCCUGACAGCCUGCCGGGCAGAACUCAAUACCUGUUUCUACAGGGUAACAACAUCUCGUCCCUGCCCUCCUCUGUAUUGGCCAACGUUUCUGGGCUCCGCUGGCUCAUCCUGGACCAUAACCAGCUGCAGAGCGACAAGCUGGACCAGUCUGCCCUGCAGAACCAGACCCAGCUGCGCUACUUUUUUGCCAACCACAACCACCUGAGUUCAGUCCCCAGUGCGCUACCAGCAGGACUCAAGCAGAUGCGACUGGCCCACAACCAAAUCAGCAGCAUCAGCCCUGGAGCUUUCCAGAACCUGCACAACUUAACGCUUCUGCUGCUGCAGGGAAACAGACUGCAAACCAUCAAAGAGGGAGACCUCAAAGGUCUGGUCAGUCUGAAUUUGUUGGACAUCGGUGGGAAUUUGUUUUCAUCUGUCCCCAAGCAUUUACCUCCUUCAGUCCAGCAGCUCUAUCUGUCCAGUAACUCUCUCUCUGGGCUGGACAAAGACAAUUUUGUGGGGCUCCUCAACCUCAAGUACCUGCGUCUAAGUCACUGUGGUUUGCAGAGCGGUGGCAUUGACCCAGCGGUCUUCAACUUCUCCAGCUUGGUGGAAUUGGACCUUUCUUAUAACAAACUUACCACCAUUCCCACAGUCCCCACCACCCUGCAGUACCUCUACCUGGAGGCCAAUGAAAUACGAGAGUUCAACGUGACCAGUUUCUGCAGAGAGGUGGGACCUGUGUCCUACUCCAGGAUCAAGGUCCUACGAUUGGAUGGAAACAAAAUGUCCUACCAUCAGCUGCCGUCUGGCUGGGUCUUCUGCCUGCGGGUGCUUGAAAAUAUUUACAUCUGACACUACCCAAAAUUAGGAUUACUGUAUGUGACUGCCCAACCUCAUCUAGCGAUCCAAUGAAUAAUAUGGCUCAAGUUAAGAGUUUUGCUUUGUUAGCCAGCGAAUCAUUUGUGAGCUCAAAUGACUCGGCCUUAAAGCUAGAAACCAGAGAAGGAGACUCUAAUUUGCUGAGUCUUCAAUAUGCAGAUACACAGCCAGACACUGAAGGGAAAGCUGACCUUCAAAAGAUGCCGAAGCUUGAACUCGUCCACUAAACCAGUGUUAUUUUUAUCAUAAUGCCAGAAGUUCUGAUCAAAACAAUUCUCAUACCACCAGUGCAUUCCCUUGGGUUUCUCUCUCUCAUUCCAUCUUUUCCAAGUUCAGCCUCAGCAGGGUUGUACAUCUGUGUGUUAUUACCAAAUAGGAGCUGUGACAAACCCCCUUCAUUUCUAACUGUAGAGAAUAAUGUGCUCUGGUUAAAGUGAGCUGUCUUAGGGCAAAGGGAAAUAUGUAUGAAUGGCAAAAUUCAGUAGCUCUCCCUUGAGAGAAUCUGACUCAGUUCGCUGGACAGAGUUAAACAGCCACACCAGUCCACUACUAGAGCUUGGUGGAAUAUGAUAAUGUUUUGAUGCAGCUACUGAAAACCUUCAAAUCUCUCCCCCAAAACAACAGUUAGCUUCAAUCCAGAUUUGUCAAGCUGUUUUUCAUGUUUUUUACUGUGACUUUUUCUUAUAUAAUAAAAGAAGGUAUCAUUGGCUCAAUGUGCAAAAAAAAAAAAAAAAUUAAGUAGUAAUCAAAAUGCAAAAUAUGUAAA